AUGACUGGCGUUAAAUUGGCAAAAGCGUUCGGUUUCCUGCUCAUGGUCGUCAUUGCAUGUUCCAAGCAAAUUCCUGAAGAGCAACAUUCAACCUAUCCGGUCACGAAUGAAGUUCAUUUUACCACUAAUCCACACGAAUACCACGACGAAGAUCUGGAAGUUAAUGUGGGAAAGAGGGUGGUUGGUGUAAAUAAUCAACCGAACCCUUACAAAGGUGGUGGCACAACUGAUAACAGGCAAGUGUGGUUUCAUUUGAAUCCCGAUGCACAAAUCGCCGACCGUAAUCAGCUCUCACAAGGACAACGAAUUGACCUACAUAACUUCAUUGGUAGUAUUAAGAUAGAUAAGAUUUUUGCUGAGAAUGCGGGGCAAUUGGACUCCUCAAGUAAAAAGUAUUUCCGCCUUGAUAUGCAAGGGAUGGUGAAAAAAAAUAAUCAAUAUCAUCACAACCUGCAGGUGCAAUUGAAUGGGGUGAAACGUAGCAAAAAAGUACCGAGUACUACAUACGCUAUUGUGUUAGUUCCACAGAAUGCCAAUGGAUUACUGACGGAUCGCGUUGUUCGUAGGGCGUUUCAAGAUAGUUCCAACCGCGACGCUGCGGUGACGCUUGAAAUUAGAAAUAAGUAG